AUGUCCACUGCUCUGGAGAGCUACAUAAACCGCACUGUGGCUAUUGUCACUUCGGAUGGACGGAUGAUUGUGGGGACCCUAAAAGGCUUUGACCAGACCAUCAACUUAAUCCUGGAUGAGAGCCACGAGCGAGUGUUCAGUUCUAGUCAGGGUGUGGAGCAGGUGGUCCUGGGGCUGUACAUUGUCCGAGGAGAUAAUGUGGCAGUGAUUGGAGAGAUUGAUGAAGAAACUGACUCUACGCUGGAUUUAGGAAACAUUAGAGCUGAACCAUUGAACUCAGUUGCGCACUGA